GGCGUCUGCCGUCGUCGUAAUCGAGCGAUUGUCGAACGAGGCACGAGGCGCAUGGCCGAUCUGACCUGCAUCGAUCACGGGUGGCACGGCAUUGGAGCCUUCUUCGUGGAUGGGUCGGGCAAGAUGGGCUGCCGCCUCGGCUCACGGAAACAGCCUUGGUACUGGGAGGACUACUGCGAAUGGGGUUUCGACGACAUGGAGGAGUGCGAAGACGACAAGGCUGACGGGAACGUGCGCCGUGGCGUGUUUAACCCGCCGUAUGAUGCGUUUCAACAGAGCGUGCUGAACCGGCUCAAACGACCGCCGGCUCCCACAGCUCCAUCUUCGACCCCACCACCGCCGUCCACGCCGACGACGACGUCGCCACCUCCAACAUUACCGCCUCAAACACUUCCGCCAUCGGAUAAUCCAUCCAACAGCCCCCUGACAACAACGCCUUCUUCACCAGUAACGUCUCCUCCCACGACCACCUCCCCGCCGACAUAUUCGACAUCAUCUCCGCCGCCGCCGCCACCUACUGGCGACAUCAUCCCUACCACCACGAGUCCAUCAUCCCCCCAUCCAGCGUCGUCCACUCCAUCUCCCACCGUGCAAUUCGCGACCGUUCUCGACGUCCCUAGCGCCAAAGCUUCCUCGGGCUGGUCUUGCGUGAACCAGUCAUCUUCGUUUGUUCCUGUUCGAUUGGAUUCGAUUUCGGGCAAAAUCGAGUGCUUGACAUACAUUUCCACCGAAUGUCAUUCCCUUGCCACAGCUGAUGCGUGCCAGAACUGGAUGCUGCCGUAUCUUGCUUGUGUCUCCACAUUAACAGGAUGUGUUAAUGUGCACAUCAAGUCGUUCACUCGACAAGGCCCGUCCUCCCCUGAUCCAACGUCAAGCCCAUUCAACUCGACUUCGAUCUACCCCGACGGCUCCCAUAUAUCGUCAACUCCGUUAAAGUCGAUACUCGUGGGCUUAUUAUGUGCAUCUGUGGUUGUGGCCAGUGUCGUGGGGUAUAUUUUAUGGCAGCGACAGCAACAACAGCGGGACUCGAAUGAUUCUGUCAUGAUGCUCUCAGACAUCAUGUAUGUCACCGAGAAGGGCCGCAUUCCCGUGCUUGGCACUCACAAAAGCCAUGACAUGGCCUCAUCCCCAGCGCACACCCCCCUUAGCUCCAUGAUAAGCAGCCAAAGUAUCACAGACUCAACUCAACUCAAUUUGGGCGAUUUGAGUCUAUGGCGCCUCGAUCUGGACAAACUGACUGCCGGCAGAGUCCUCUCUGUGGGUAUAACUGGCGUUGUGACCAUGGGAAUGUACAGCAGCACCCCCGUGGCUAUUAAAAAGCUCAACAAGUCUGCUGCACACCUCGCGCAAUCGUUUAUCGAUGAAAUUCAACUCAUGACCAAACUGGACAGUCCAUACAUUUUGUCGAUUGUCGGGUGCUGCUGGGUUCGUCCCCAUGAGAUUGAGCUCGUAACCGAGUACAUGGAGCACGGGGACCUGCGCAACUUCCUCAAGUCGACGCCCCCCACAGUAUUUACAUGGGACCUCAAGCGCAGUUGCCUGUAUAACAUGGCCCACGGACUGCUGUAUUUGCACUCGAUGGAGAUCAUCCAUAGAGAUUUCAAGUCAAGAAAUGUUCUGCUCGGUCAAAACCUGGUGGCCAAGUUGACUGAUUUUGGUGUCAGUCACCAAAUCACGUUGGACGAUACUAUCACACAGGGCGUGGGCAGCUUUCGAUGGACUGCGCCAGAGAUUUUACAAGGUAAACGAUACACCGAGGCCGCCGACAUUUAUGCGCUGGGGAUGGUCCUAUGGGAGCUCGACACCCACGAAGCCCCUUAUAGUCGGCAGCAGACGCAGCUGCAACUGACUGACUGCGUACUUAUGACCCAUAUUCGAACGCAGUUAAUUUGGCCAGAGUUUACCAAUCAGUGCCCGCAGGACAUCCAACAGCUAGUGCUUCAGUGCAUUCAAGCUGACCCGACCAACCGACCCACAGCCCUCGCCCUCGCGUCCUCUCUAAUAUAACUACUGCGAUAUCGUGCUAGUACUACUAGAUUGAUGACUAUUAUAUACACUAGUUUUUGGGGGC